UUCCACUGAGAUGCUCACAUUUCAGGGCUGUGGGCUGCCCUCCUGGCGGCCGCGAGCGCCCUGGUGUGUGUGCGCGCCUGUGAGCGGCCAUCCCCUGUGUGUGCUGCUGUCGCUGUCAUCACAGAUGUACCCCAGCUGUCACUCCGUGGCUCGGCGCUGCUCGCGCGCACACGCGCCUCCUCUCCCCUUUCCUCCCCUCUCCUGUCUGCCUCCGUCCCUCCCUCUUUCCUUCUCAGUUUGUCAUUGACCCACAGCCCUGUGCCUGGCCGAGGCAAGCGCUGCUUCUGCACUAGCUGUGUGCUGCGUGCCACCUGCUCCUGGCAGAUCGGGUACCCAGCGCCCACUGUGCUCUGCCUGGCAAAGCUGGCUGGAUUUCUCUAGGAAUCCCAGGAGGGGCUCGCUGAAUGGUUCCAGCGACUUGACUUCAGGGACCUGGCUGGGGGGAGUCAGGCAGGCGGGCAGAAGGCGAGUGUACGACUGGUCUCGCAGGCGGAGGCGGAGGGCGAGCAGUGGGUUGGUGCCUGGGCCUUGCACUGGGCUCUGCCUCCUCGGGGCCAUGGACUGACAGUGCAUGCCCAGGGGCUCCUCUCUCCGGAGGCAGAGGCGCAGGGCUGGGAGAGCUGCGUUCACCAUGCUGGCCCCAGGCAGCAGCCCCCUGCAGACGACCAGGCUUGCCCUGCACUGGAGGCAGAUCUCCUGGAUCACCUGCUGGCUCGCCCUGUGGGCCGUGGAGGCCCUGCCUGCCUGCCCUUUCUCCUGUAAGUGUGACAGCCGCAGCCUGGAGGUGGACUGCAGCGGCCUUGGCCUCACCGUGGUGCCCCCCGACUUGCCCGUGGCCACGCAAACCCUCCUGCUUUUGAACAAUAAGCUGAGUGCCCUGCCAAGCUGGGCAUUUGCCAAUCUGUCCAGCCUGCAGCGACUGGACCUCUCCAAUAACUUCCUGGACCAGCUGCCCGGCUCCAUUUUCGGGGACCUGGUGAACCUGACGGAGCUGCAGCUGCGGAACAACAGCAUCAGGACCCUGGACAGGGACCUGCUGCAGCACUCGCCCUGGCUGCGCCACCUGGACCUGUCCAUCAACGGCCUGGCCCAGCUGCCCCCGGGCCUCUUCGAUGCGCUCCCAGCUCUGCGCUCCCUAUCACUUCGCUCCAACCGCCUGCAGAACCUGGACCGGCUGACGUUUGAACCCCUGGUGAGCCUGCAGCUGCUGCAGGUUGGGGACAACCCCUGGGAGUGUGACUGUCACCUGCGUGACUUCAAGCACUGGAUGGAGUGGUUCUCCUACCGAGGGGGACGCCUGGACCAGCUUGCCUGUACCCUGCCCAAGGAGCUGAGGGGGAAGGACAUGCGCGUGGUCCCCAUGGAGAUGUUCAACUACUGCUCCCAGCUGGAGGACGAGAACAGCUCUGCUGGGCUGGAUAUUCCUGGGCCACCCUGUACCAAGGCCAGCCCGGAACUGGCUAAGCCCAAGCCAGGGGCGGAGCCGGAGCCGGAGCCCAGCACAGCCUGCCCCCAGAAGCAGAGGCACCGGCCGGUGAGCGUGCGGCGGGCCAUCGGCACAGUGGUCAUCGCCGGGGUCGUCUGCGGCAUUGUCUGCAUCAUGAUGGUGGUGGCUGCUGCCUAUGGCUGCAUCUACGCCUCUCUCAUGGCCAAGUACCACCGGGAACUCAAGAAGCGCCAGCCCCUGAUGGGGGACCCGGAGGGUGAGCAUGAAGAGAAGAAGCAGAUCUCUUCUGUGGCAUAACAGCCAGCCCCACCUGGCCAGGUAGGAGGGCAGGGAGAGACACGGGACCUGCCACAGGGAGGGCUGGCCCGCCCCCACCCCUGUCACACUCCCCAUUCGCACUUUCCUCCGCAGCCCUCCGGCAAGCAAGCCACACUGUGCUGAGUGACUCUCUGUGGCCUUCCAAGUCUCUGAGAAAGCCGCCCUGUGCUAAAGGCCCCUGCUGAGGCUGCUUGGCCAGCAAGUCUUUGGUGGGAACACCUGGGGAAUCUCCCUAAGCUUGCUGUUAGAGGGCAGCAGGAUGUGUGUGCAAAAGCUUCAGGACUGAGCACUCCCCGCCUCCCUCCCUGCCCUGGUGGCAGUCACAACAGGCAACUCCCCCAUGUCUUGCUCGAGCCCCCCUCACCUGCAUUUAGGGAGUGGGAAGGAAGUGAUACAAGUGCCAGGGAGUCUGUUUCUGUGACUCUCUUCUAAGCUGGGAAGAUAUUCCUAACCGCCCUUCUGUGUGAAAGUUGGGUCCAGAUUUCACCUGCUGGGACUAAUGAGCAGCCACAUGAACCCUGUCACUUGGACUCUGCACGUAGAACACUGCAAUUACAACGCACGCCCUUGGCUGAUGUGCUAUUGGUCACAGGCCACACCGCUUCUGGAUUCACUAAGAGGCUCUUGGACAAACGGAGCAACACCAGGGCAAUCCCACAGAUUGAGUAGAUCUCUCACCCCAUGCACAAGCACUCUCAGUCACAUGGAGAUGGGUCCUGAAGACACGGGGAGCAGGACACACUUCCUCUGGGCCUCUUGUCCGCAGACCAGAGGCCCUUUGGCUGGCUCACUGCAAUCCUCUCAAGUCAACCCGGGGAGGAACCCAGCACAGUAACACAGGAGUCCUCCACGGUCUUCCAAAGUGGGCCAGAGUGGCGCCACCAGAGGGGACCGCACAGCCCCUCGGGAACCCUCUCUUACCCCAGAGGGGACGGCGCAGUGCCUCGGGAACCCUCUCUCACCCCAGAGGGGACUGCGCGGUGCCACAGGAACCCUCUCUCACCCCAGAGGGGACCACGCAGCGCCACGGUAACCCUCUCACCUAUUCUGCUGGUUUCCCAGGGAUACUGGCCCAGAGGCCUUGGAGCUGGAGCAGGAAGCUCCUGAGCGACGGUCACACUGGGCAUUUCUGCAGCACUGCCAGGCCCCACAGGGACACGCCACUUCCACUUGCAUAGCCCACAGCCCAGAACUGUUGCUCUGUACCUCUCACCCCUCCAUCUUCAGCAUCUCGGGGCCCGUGACUUUGGGGCAAGGACGGGGUCAUGCUCUGUGACUGGGUCGUCUUGGGAAAGCAGGUGGCCCCUGCUGAAGCUCACUGCCUGCCAGCAGACUCCAGGAGCAGAGAGAGGAAGCCCAGCGGCUUCCUUAGUGGGGUUCCCCUUCCCAGAGUUUUAGCUGCUCGGUCUGGCUUCCCAGAAUUUGUAACUGCAUCUGGGCUGGGGGCCAAAUCAGACCAUGGGCCAGGGGUCUUGUCUGUUCCUACACAAGGGGCAGAGGUCCCUGCCUGUAGGGCGGUGGCAGGUGGUGGGGGAGGAGGACUGCGCAUGGUUUGGGGGUCCCCAGGUGCUUAUCCUGGGUCUGCCCCUCUUUAUGGUCUCAUCUUGGGUGAGAACUAGGUCUCCCUCUGCUGGACACUGGUUUUCCCAAGGCUUACAGAGGGCCUGGUUUCUGGCUCUGCGUGGUCUCAGUGGUCAGGAAGAGGUCAGCACAACACUGAGCGCCAGGGUCUGAGGAAGCACAGGGCAGCCCGCUCGCUCGGCACCCGUGACCCCGUGGAAGAGAGCACUGGGUGAGGGACAGGGAUGCCUCUGAGAAGGUGGGUCUCUGGCAGUAGGGAUCCAAGCACAGGCUGCCUAUCAGGCUGUUAACCACACCUCCAAGGUCCGGUGGAGGGGGCGGCGCAGUCUGCCUUUUGGCUUGCUCACUGACACCAGAUCUAGGGAUUUUCUAAAGGGAAUAUGGGGAGGAGUGGGUCUUGUUAAUGGUGGUAUCUUCAUCUGGAGACAGAAGAUUUUUAAAGGCAAAAUUAUAUUUCUGGUUUGUUGUUUCAGAAGACCAAUAAAGACCGUAUUUUCCUA